AAAGGAGACUCGCCGCGGGAACCGUGCCGUCUCAGAAUCUACCUGUACGGCCACUUGACAAGCCUCUGAAGCAGCGAGCAAGUUCGAAUAGAAGCAAACAUCGGACAGACGAUGACCUGCCUGCAGCAAUCGCCUUAUCAGAACUGAACCCACCAAGCAGCUCCGAACAAGCCAGCAGCAAACAGAGUACGCUUGAAUCAGGCACACUUGACGAGAGUGCAGAUGCUGCAGACACCGAAGAUCUUGAAGCUGAACUGAGCAGCCUGAGGGAAGAAAUUGGUGUUCAAGCCGACACCCUGCAACUUGAAAGAGAUCAAGUGCUGGGAAUCGCAAGGGUCAAGGACGAGAAGGCCCUCACGACACUUACCUGUGUACCCUGUUUCCAGUUGUUCUACAACCUGACUGACCUCUAUGGCGAGUCCCGAAUGUUGGGCAAAAGAAAAGACUUUUGCAUCAGUAAUGAGGAUGCCGUGUUACUUACAAUGAUGAAGCUGUACCAUAACAUGACGUUCUCACUUCUUGGCGUCCUGUUCGGUAUCCAUCGCACGACCGCUUCAAACAUAUUCAAAGCGUCGGUGCCAAUUCUGGCUGCAGUACUGCGACACGCCAUUUUCUGGCCGGAGAAGGAAGCGGUUUUGCAGUCCCUGACUAAGUACUUCAACAAGUACAGAGACUGCCGCAUGGUGCUCGAUUGCACGGAAAUUCCUCUCCAAAGGCCUAAGAACAUGGAGUCUCAGCUUCUGACCUACAGCCACUACAAAGGGACUCACACUGCAAAGGUGCUUGUGUGCGAGACACCAGGUGGCCUCAUUAGCUAUGUUAGUCCGGCCUAUUGUGGCAGAUCAUCAGACACUCACAUUACAAAGGAAAGUGGGCUUUUGGAAAAAUGCCUACCUUUCAUUGACAGUGUCAUGGUCGACAAGGGGUUUUUGAUUGAUGAGCUGUGUUCUGAACACAAGGUGAAACUGAUUCGCCCGCCAUUCCUUCGUAAAAAGGAACAGCUCAGCAUGCAGGACGCCAAGAGCAACCAGAAUAUAGCAGCCGCACGUGUCCAUGUUGAACGUGCCAUUCAGCGCAUGAAGCUGUUCAGAAUUCUCCGCGACAAUUUCAGCACAGACCUGCUCCCGCAAUUUGAUGACAUUGUCGCUAUCAUUGCAGGGCUUGUAAACCUUUCGAAGCCCCUGUUUAAAGACAGCAGAUAUUUAAGCACUUAAGGGGACGUCGGGCAGGGUAACAUAGCUUUUCUAAAUGCAUUUGAA